AUGGAGUUCCUCAAGGGUGCGCUCAGGGGUGUGCACGAGGCCCUCGUGGUCGAGAGGGACCAGGCUGUGUCGGUGGCGCAGCAGCUAAUCGGGGACUGCAAGAGCAUCGAUGAGGAGGCCAGCGAGUCCGUAGAGGAGCCGACGAAGGCGUUCGGUGACCAGGUCGCCCGCGUGCUCGACCCGAGCAUGGACGCGCUGUCGUCGGAGCAUGUCGGGAUCACCGUCCACUUGCCGAUGGGCGAUGCCGCGGUCCAGACUGUAUGCGAGGAGCUCCCUGCAGUCCCUGUCUCCCCCGUGCUGGGCAAGUGCGGCCUGGCCGAGGACGAUCGGGACGUCGAGGACCUUCCCGAGGAGGCGGUCAAACUGGAGGCCGUGAAGGUCGAGGCGAAGACCGUGAAGGUGGCGAUGGCGCAUCAUGUCGAUAGCAUCGAGGUGCUGAACACCUCUGAUGGAAAGACCGACAAGAUCGUGAAGGUGCCGAUGGCAGAGCACGUCGAGGACAUCGUUCACGCGCCUGCGGGCGUGACCCAGGAGUCCGAAGAUACCGAAAAUAUCGUGAAGGUGCCGAUGGCUGAGCACGUCGAGAACAUCGUUCGCGUGCCGACGGGCGUGACCCAGGAGGCCGAAAAGGGCGUUUCGUGGUCCUGCAAGGUGGUGAAUGAGCUGGACGACAUGAUGAAGGUCGCGAGCCUCUCUGGCGGCGAGGAGCCGAGCGCGAGGGGGCCGCGGAGCUGGGAAGCCACGGUCGCGGUCAACCAGCUGGCGUACGCGAGGGCGGCCGCCGCGGCGGCACGCCGCCGCGCCCAGUGGCGGCUCGAGCACGACGAGCUGGGGGACGCAGCGGUCUUCGGUACCGCGGUGCUGGCGGCCCCACGGGUGGCCACCCUCCAGUGCGAGACGAUGGUGGGAGCGGAGGUGCUGACGGGGCUGGCCGAGGACGAGAGCCAAGGGGGCGAUGUGAUCCCCUGCGACCAGAUCGCGCAGGCCUGCGACCCCUUCGAGCCUGGCUCCGAGGAGCACAAGGCUGCGCUCGCGAGGGUGCUGGAGGGGUUCGGGCUCACAGUCGACGACUCCCGCUCCAUGCUCACGGGCGACCCUGGAACUCUAGAGGCCAAGCUUGCCCAGGAGAAGCGCCUGCUCAGACAUCGCUGGAAGUCUGCGAGGAUGAGGCCGCUGUGCCUGGGCGGAAGGCGUGUCAGUUUGAAGGUCGCUCGAACGAAGUUCUCGGAUGCCGCAGCGGUGGUCACCUGGGCGGGGCAAGGGUUCCUUGCAGACCUGGCCGGAGGGGUGCUGGCCGACCUGGCAAGGGCAGCCCGCCCGGCCGCUGGCUACAGCCGAGGAGGGAUCGUGGGCCUCACGGCCGCGUUCUACCUCGCGCGGCAGGGGAACCGUGUGACGUUGGUGGAGAAGUGCGCCAUCGCGUGCCACUCCUCGGGGAAGGGCGGCGGCUUCCUGACGGACGGGGACUCGGGCUGGCACCAGUGGCCCAUCUCCAGCCUGGCGAAGCACUCCUUCUCACUGCACGAGGAGCUCGCCGACCACUUCGGGGCGGAGCGGAUCGGCUUUCGGAAGGUGCGCUGCAUCGGCGCCGGGGCCCCGAGGGAGGGGGAGCCUGUGCCGGAGUGGCUCGACCAGGAGUCCUACGGCCAGGACAUGGCCGGCCGGGACGGCAUGGCCCAGAUCACGCCGUACAUGCUGAUGGCGGCCCUGGAGGAGGAUGCCGUCAGCAACGGCUGCGAGGUGCGGAUUGGGAAGGUCGUAGGCGUGGAGAGGGAUGGGGACACCGUCCGCUCCGUGAUGCUAGAGAAGAAGGGGUGCGCAGCUGAGCCGCUGCACUGCAGUUCCGUGAUCCUCGCCAUGGGUCCCUGGGCGGACGAGGCUGCCAGCUGGUUCCCCGACUGCCCCAUGCCCACCAGGACGGUCUCCAACCGGUACACCAGCGUGAUUUGGGACGACGUCACUGUGGGCAAAGACGCGACCAUGGUCUUCACGUCCGGGCAGCACCAGACCGAGAUCUACCCGCGCUCGAACGAGUGUUACGCGAACGGGUGCCCCUCCGUGCGAGAGCUGCCCGACGACCCGCUGGAGAUCACCCCCCCACGCGACGAGAUCGAGAAAGUCAUACAGGAGGCGCGCGCCGCCGUGCAGCGCCUCCGCAGCGCCAAGGUCCUCCGGACCACCGCCUGCUUCCUCGCCGGGUCCGACGACAACCUGCCAGUGAUAGGGCUGGUCCCGGGCGUCGGCAACGCGGUGGUCGCGUGCGGCGGGGGCUGCUGGGGCCUGCUGAACGGCCCAGCCAUGGGCCAGGCUGCCGCGGCGCUGGCGCUGGGACGGGAGCCCGAGGUGGAUGUCGCGCCCUUCGACCCCAAGCGCUUCGGGCAGCUGCUGGAGGGAAUCGGCGAGGACGAGAUCACGCCGAUGGUGCGCCAGGUUUUGGAGGCCAACCCGGACUUGCUGAAUUUCCUGCGCCAAGUCCCCCCGGAAGCAGCGCGCGUAACUUUGGCAGAGAUGAGGGAGAAGCUGGGCGAGUGA